AUGUCCGUUUCACUGGCAGAUCAAUACCGAGGCUUCGCAAUCCACACCUCCCACGAAGCAAAGCCUGCAGAUCAGAGUUUUGCUUCCUACGAUGCUAGAACCAAGCUGAACGGGCUUCCUUUUCAGCCCGAUAACGCCCAAUCGAUCUACGACCACUCCCAUCAUGGACCACUCUUGCCCCAUCCUGCAUCCCAGAACAAUGCUUAUCAAGAUACGCAAACACCAUACAUGCACGCGCAUCAAAUGCCACGUCCAUCAUUUCACUACGGCUAUGAGUAUAGUCCAUUUCGAAGCACUGAUAAGCGGAAGCGCUCUGAUUCAGACGACGAAGGAGACGGAAGACGUCAGUUGGACCAUCCCUUCGCUACGAGAGGGUCGUUGCUGUCACUUUCCAUCGACGGCACAUCCAUUACCGAUCAGUCCGAGAGCACUCUAUUUCCGGGCCACGAAGAUAUCUCGACCUCGCUGCCACCGACAACGCACGCGUACCAACCCGCGUUUUCACUUCCCGUCCCACAGCAGCACCAUCACCACCGUCUCCCUGCCCAGCUUUUGAAUGCCCAUGACUCCUUGGUCACAGUAUCCGGGGGUCCUCCCAGCGUGGUCGGCCAGCCUGGAAUGCCGGAGCCGGCCCCGCGCCCACGAGGUCCCAAGCUCAAGUUUACACCGGAGGAGGAUGCUCUGUUGGUAGACUUGAAGGAGGAAAAGAAUUUGACCUGGAAGCAAAUUGCCGACUUCUUUCCGGGCCGAACAAGCGGGACCCUGCAGGUCAGAUACUGCACCAAGCUCAAGGCAAAAGACGUGGUUUGGACAGACGAAAUGCUCGCACGACUUCAGCGUGCUCUCAGCGACUAUGAACAUGAUAAAUGGCGUAUCGUUGCCGCGAAAGUCGGCAAUGGAUUUACACCCGCCGCGUGCCGGGAACGAGCUGAUCAUUUGCCGCAGUAUGGGCAUGAACAUGGCCAUGGCAGGGAAAUACUCCAAGACCGCGAGAUGUAUAGUUCCCAUCAGCUCAGCGAUGUUGAUACUCGUGGAUCGAUACCCAGAGAAUGCGCGAUGUGA